AAUCAUUCUUCGCAUUGAUAAUUAUUGAUAAUUAUAUAACCGUCUUCCAAUCACCUGACACCCUUAUCUUGCGCCGUUGUCCUUAUAUAAGAACAAUGCGUACGAAUAACGUCCUCGACCCUUUCCUCUGGAACCGUAAGAGCAGUGGAGCUCGUGUGUGACACCAAGAGCCUGGGCUAACAACACAUUUUGUGCAUGAUGGACGGGGCUGCUUCUGCCAUUGCUGUCAUCGAACGGUUUCGUGCUACGGGACCGUUGCCUAGCAUUUUCCUUGCUGCUGCUGCGAUUGUUUUGGCGUACAGUUUCAUCCAGACGAGAAAAAAGGGUGUGACAUCCUCGAAUGCCGUUCAUACGUCACUCGUGACCGAUAGAAAGGCAAACAAGAAUAGGGAACUGGGCGACUGGAUCGCGGAGGAAUUUGAUUAUCCCAAAAUAGAUCCGUGCCCCUUCCCAACGAAGGAUGUGCGCCCGGUACCGUACAGACCAUUCCGGUAUGGUGAAUAUCAAAUCACGAUGGGUAUUCGGACGAUGCCUUGGAGCGAGUGGAUUGAACUAGACUCAACCUACCCACACUGGCAGCGUGUGCGCAAGUUCCGCAUUCGCACGCGCGGGCAUGACGCCGUGCGCGUUCUUCCCGCCAGAGAAGACGAAUCGGUCAAGGUCCAAGGCGGAGCGUGGGCAGCAAAGGAGCUCGUGUAUGAACUCGCAGAAUAUCUUCCGCGGCGAUACCCUUCGAGUUUUCGAGUAACACGGUUUCCGAACGGUGUAGUGGCACCGUCGAUUGGUGGCGUGUCGCUUGCUUGGGGACAGCAACAGCCCGUGCAAAUUAUUGAAGCGGUCGAGACAGGAGAGAAAUUUGAUUUAGGGGUGCUGGAAGGUCUGGACGAUAUUGAAAUGGGCGAAGAGGCAAUGAGGAUUGCUGCAGGGCUUAUACAAGACGACGUGGCACUUAUGAUCGAGGGCACGGAUGGCAAGUACUAUUUCCAGGCAGGAGCGAUCUGUAUUCCAGGAUUCUGGCGCAUGCGGGAUAAGAUCGGAAUGACCCUGGAUGAUAUUCAUAUUUCAGGAAACGUUCCACGGUUCAAAGAAAAAUUGCAGACAAGCAUGGAAAAGUUUUUCAGACGGAUGCCGGUGGACAAGCCGGUUAUUCGAAAUAAUUAUUUUAUGCAAGUAUGUAAGCCGUCGUCGCACGUGGCAGAUGGCGAACGACUGGAUGUCGAGGAAGAGUGCGCUUCGGAGGUUGAUCCAGAAGAAUUGGGUUGGUCGGAAUCGACGAACGGACGUGAGGAUGAAUUUUUGCAUGGACAUGGGCAUGGUGCAUCACCCGCACCGUACCUCGCGCCAUCGACACUACGACUGCGAUCAGAGAGGCAAACGCUGCGUCGGCUUCCUCGUACAGGAGCCAUCGUUUUUGGGAUUCGGACGUACUUGUUCAAGAUCGAGGAAUUGGCUCGGGAGCGAGGAGUGGCUGAUCGGCUUGCAAGCGCCGUAAGAAGCUGGCCUGACGAUGUUGGGGUAUACAAGGGGCGUAAGAUGUAUGAAGGUAUACUACUGAACUACUUAGAUGAGUGCGCAGCAAGGGAUGAGAAUAAGGAGGAGGGACGAGGAUAUCCAUAUUGAGAAUAUGGUGGUUAAGGGGUGGUCAUAAGGAGGAAAUCAUGUGAAAUAAUAAUAAUUGAUUUGAUAACGAUAGGUGAAAUAAUAGUUGACUACCGGGGAAAGAAUUUAGAAAUGA